UUCCGGCGUCUGCCGGUGGUGCGACUGAGGACUGCGCGAAGUGUGCGUCGGCGUUGCGGCCGGCAGAGGAAUUCUGGGUAACGGCCCGGGCCGUCUGUAGCUGCUGGCUUCUUGCAGCAGGUUUUGUUCCCUACCAGUGUUUUGGCAGUGGCGUUUGUAGAACUAGGGCCAGCGGGACAUGGAGCAACCGUGGCCGCCGCCAGGACCUUGGAGCCUCCCUCGAGUGGAGGGUGAGGCUGAGGAAGAAAGUGACUUGGACCUAUCCCCCGGUUCUCCCCGCUGCCCGCCGCUGCCGGGCGGUGACGCGCAGAUGUAUAGCCAUGAAAUCGAACUGGCUUGCCAAAAGCAGACAGAAUUUGUGAAGAGCUCUGUGGCAUGCAAAUGGAAUCUUGCUGAAGCUCAGCAGAAACUUGGUAGUUUAGCCCUGCAUAACUCUGAGUCCUUGGAUCAGGAAUAUGCCAAAGCACAAACAGCGGUAUCAGAACUGAGGCAGCGGGAAGAAGAAUGGCGACAGAAAGAAGCAGCUCUGGUACAAAGAGAGAGAAUGUGUCUCUGGAACAUGGAUGCCAUUAGCAAGGAUGUUUUUAAUAAGAGUUUUAUUAAUCAAGAUAAAGGAAAAGAAACAGAAGAUGAAGAUAAAUCAAAAUCAUUCAUGCAGAAACAUGAGCAAAAGAUUAGACAUUUUGGUAUGUUGAGUCGAUGGGAUGACAGUCAGAGAUUUUUGUCUGACCAUCCAUACCUUGUAUGUGAAGAAACAGCUAAUUAUCUUAUUUUAUGGUGUUUUCACCUAGAAGCUGAACAGAAAGGAGCUCUAAUGGAACAAAUAGCACAUCAAGCAGUUGUAAUGCAAUUUAUUAUGGAAAUGGCCAAAAACUGUAAUGUGGAUCCAAGAGGGUGUUUUCGUUUAUUUUUCCAGAAAGCCAAAGCAGAGGAAGAAGGUUAUUUUGAAGCAUUCAAAAAUGAACUUGAAGCUUUUAAAUCAAGAGUAAGACUUUAUUCUGAGUCACAAAGUUUUCAACCUAUGACAGUUCAGAAUCAUGUUCCCCAUUCUGGUGUUGGAUCUAUAGGUUUAUUAGAAUCCUUACCACAGAAUCCAGAUUAUCUUCAGUAUUCUAUCAAUACAGCUACAGCUCUCUGCAGUUUAAAUUCAGUGGUACAUAAAGAAGAUGAUGAACCCAAAAUGAUGGACACUGUAUAAUUUGAUUAAGACUGCUGAGGCCAAGUGCUAUUUUGUUACCAGAAAGGAAGAACUUGGCUAUUUUCUUGACACUUUUAUGGGUGCUGCACUUUAUUUUUGUUUGUUUUUUGAUGGGAGGGAAAAGUACUGAAACAUUUUGUAACUUUUUUUUUUUUUUUUUAAAUGUGCUGCUAGGUCUUUACUUUUUUCUGAAGGGAGGAGUGGUACAUGUUGGAGGAAGUCCCCUCACCUCUCCUUUGGCUACUAAUUUUGCCUUUAGUUGUUCUCAAUUUUGGAAUCAAGUUAUGAAAAUCUGCACAAAUGCAAUGUUUACAAGAACUGGUCGAUUCUAGUAGGCAUCUGCUACACAGUCUCUUUUUAUAUGGAUGUGUACAUGUCCUCUACAAAAAUAAUUAAAGACAAAAAUAUACUUUUAUCCCACUGGUAAUUUAACUGUCAAAUCUGGUGUUUCAUUAAAAGCAAUAAAUCAGUAGUUGGUAAUGUACUUUACUAAAUAAGCUGGGUGGCACAAAUUUUUAAAUCUUUCCUCCUAAAAUAUUACAAUUGUAUUUUCGGCACCAUCAGUUAAAUCUUUGACUAUAAUAUAAACGUGUAGAGACAUUACAUUUGCCCGCUCAGCCGCAGAGUACUCACUAAACUGUUCUUUAGAAGUUUUUUACCUUGUUGAUUUUUUUAAAUAUUAAGGCUUUUAGUGAUAUAAAAAAUGAUAAGCUUAUGUAUUUCGUUGUUGCUUUUUUUUAUGUAAAAUAAACUUUAAGCUCACUCUUAAUUUCUUAACAUAGUCUGGGAUCUCUCAGGGAGUAAGUUUUAAAAGAAUAUUAAUGGCCUAUAGGAACAAACAGGAAGAAUGAUACGGUUUUUUAAAAUUAUGAUUAUUAUUUGUUUCACACUAAUGUAGCUUUUUUUUUUUUUUCCUUAAAAAGCUUUUGUAAAAGACAUGAGACAUCUUACAGAGCUGACUGCCUCGAGCUGCCAGUACUUAUUUCUAAGAAUCUGAUAACCCUUCCUAUGGUGAUAAUGGUGUUUGCUACAUUUGUUGUCCUUCUUUAGCUUCUGAGCAUUACUGCUUCCUGUACAAUUUACUUUUAGAAAAUCAGGAUAUUUGAUGAUUCAUUUGAUUUAGAAGUAGAUGACAGUGCAAACUGUGUUAUCCUUGCUAUCUGGGGAUUUAUCUGACAUGAGCUUUGAUUGUAUGAGUACAGUCUUUGACUCAGGACCCUUUGAGACUGGUGGCAGACAUUUGGCAGAUGGCUCACUGGGCUUGGGAAUACAUGUCUCAAGUCAGAAAAGCAAACUAAGGGGCCCGUAUGGGGAUGGGAGCUCUGACUUUGGCCUUUUAUGCGCCCGUUUUAACCGAGUGAGGAGGCAUAGAACAUAGAGAAAUGGACUGGAAUUACUGAGUCAUACUUCCGUAACACCACAAGCUUCCUGGUUUUCAGAAUAAAGUCUUUUGUGCUUUUGAUAUAAAUAUUUGGUCUAUAAUAAAAUAUUUGACUAAUUUAUAUAGCAGUACUCAUCAGACUGGAUUUUUUUAUGGUCUGGUCAUAGAAAGAGCCCCCAACUCCCCCACCCUGCUGUUCUGGAGCAUGCUUUUAUUUGCUCCUCAUAACACAUGGAGAGAAUGGACAGACACACAAAAAACAGAAAUGUUACUUGAACUGUUACUUUUAGUUUCACCUUUCAAUUAUCUUACCUUUGAAUUAUUUUCAGUUUCACUCUAAUUUCACUUUUCCCCAUGACUUGCCUAUAAUCAUCCAAAUUGUUUUUGCUUUUGUUUUGCCUGAUGUUAGAGCUACUAAUGGCUAAGACAUGAGAGAAAAAGUAUGGACAAGCUGAAUGAACUAUUCCUGAAGGGGUUUGUAUUGUUUUUAAAAAUAGAUUACUGAAGAACAGUUCUUAGAAAUUUAACUAUAUAUUUUUUUACUUUGACCAGGAAAUGUUCUGUAUUUUGAGUGUAUGAAAGUGUCAUUGUAUCUGUUCUGGGAACCACUGGUGGAUGCCAUAAUUUGCACUUAAAAGGACUUUUACAUAACUAACAGUACUUUAGUACUAAGAGCAGCCAGUAUCCUUUUUCUUCUCUUCAUUCUGAAAAUGUCCUCUUUAGUACUGAGAACUAACUCCUUUCAAAAUAAAUAUCCUCUUUUCUGUUUCUUAAUAAUAAAGAAGAGUAUAGUCAACCAAGAAAUAACACAUUAUUUCAGGCUGCACAAUUUUCCCUAAACAAAAACCAUGGAAUGUCCAAACUGAUUUAAUGAAACAUCUUUGACAUCAAAGUAUUCAACAAAGACUCUUGUUUCACUUGAUAAAAUCUUCUAAUAAAGUACUUUUUAAAAAAAUCAAAUAGUUAUCACUCCAUUUAUUCUCUUAACUCUGUCAUUCUGCAAUGGUAGUGGAUCAUACUGAUUUAAAAUUAUUACGCUGAUAAAUGAGCAGCAUUAUCUUACAGUUAUACUAUUUGUGGGUGCCUUCCAUUUUUGCUUAAUGAACUCACAACCUCCUGUAACUUCUCUUUAGGACAGUCAGGCUUUCUUUUUUUAGACCAGCAUUCAUGUUAUUAUUUUAAGUGAAUUGACAUGCUAUCCAGAGAAUAUGCCUGUGUUUUAUUUUGAGACAGGGGCUCAUUAAAUUAGGGUAGGCUUGAACUUUUUUUAUCUUCCUGCUUCAGCCUCUCAGAGUGCUAAGAUAACAUCAUAUCCGGCCUAAUAUGUAUUUCUUAUAGAAUAAAAACAUUGGUCAUAGGCUUAGGCUAGAUGAUCUUCAGUAUUUCUAGAGAAAUCAUCUCUACUGUUCUCAAAGUAGCUUGUGUAUUUUUGUUUUUAAAUUGAUGUAGGACAGAAAUGACACACCUGGUUCAAUUUUGCCACUGUCAUACAUACUUUUAACAAUCAUGCAUCCAUGCUCAUCUGUAAUUGAUAUGUAUGUAGUAUUUCACUGGUCUUCUGAGAAGCAGAUUGAAUAUAUAUGCUUGCUUACUAUGUAAAUUAAUGGGUAUACAAAGGAAUAAAAAUUGACUUUGAAUUGC